UCCCGGAAUAGCACUGAUUAGUGAUCGCACAACACUUAUCUCCUUACGGGUUGCCGGUUAGUGCGUAGAUCACUUGUACGCCCGUACUAUAUCGGUACCUGCAUACCUAGUACAUGCUACCAACUGCAUGUGUGUAGGGUCGACCCGGUCAGAAGGCAUUGAUCAUACCAACUUUCAUCAGAACUGCGCGAAAGCAUACUCCAGAUGGGUAUUUUAGAAGGGGAAAUAGAAUUGCAGCGGCCAUCAAUGGAAACCCCAUGGACUUCGAUCGCGGCCACGUUCCCAUGCGAACCACUACCGCCAAACUCACAGCGUGAACCAAUCAGAACAGAGCGACUAGUGAUUCGACCUUUGCAGGAGAAUGACCUCCAGGCUCUCCACGAGCUUCGCUCACAGCCAGAAGCCAUGACAGGCACUAGCCUUGGCAGGCCUGACCGGGACAUCGAGGAGUCUCGCGCAGCCUUGCAGGGGUUCCUACCACCCCACGACAGCGACACAUUCCUAUUCGGCGUUUUCCUCGCGGCAACAGGCGAGCUGAUCGGGGAAGGCGGUGUCCACAACCUCGCAUCCUCGCCUUACAGCUGGCCAGAAAUCGGGUAUAAGUUUCGCAAGGAGUUCUGGGGGAAAGGGUACGCGACUGAAUUCCUCCAAGCGUUCCUCGCGGUUUGGUGGGCCUUACCUAGACGUCGUCGUGCCACCAUCGAGGAGAUUUCCCCUGAAGCAUGCAUGCAGAACGCAGUGGUGGGCGUGGAACAGAUCAUUGCCAACGCGGAUGCGCAGAACAUAGCAAGCCGGAUGGUCCUGGAGAAGAGCGGAUUCGUCCAAUUUGCAGAAUGGACGGAGCCAGACACGCAAGAGCAUAGGCUGGGUCAGCCUAUCACGUUGGUUGGAUACAGGCUUUCAUCGCCGGGGGGUGAUGUUGAGUGAGGUACAACUACUGUACUAUAUAAUGUGGAAACUUUGGAAAGGGAAAAUACAUAAGGAAAGAAAAGAAAAGAUUAGGUACAGAGUACAAAAGACU